AUGCUAGAGCCCCCCGGGAAGAAGAAAACUCCCGAGGCUAACUAUGACAAGGAUAACAAGGGAAAACACCCCAAAGAAAAGAGGGUUAAAAAUGCUGAUUCAUAUUCUCAUGCUUCAUACUCACAUGGGGAUAAUAACCCACAUGGAAGAGGACAAAAGGGCUAUCAUGGAAGGGGUCAUGGGCGUGAGGGCCAUGGACGUGAGGGUCAUGGGCGUGGAGGCUAUUCAAAUACCUGGUCUAGAGAUGUUAUUUAUGGACCUAGUGGUAGGGGCAAAACUGUUGAAAAAACACAUAAGAACUCCAUGUCUAAGAAGGUCGAGAACGACAAUGCACCUUGUUACAGGUGUGGAAUCUCCGGACAUUGGUACCAGCAAUGCAAAGAUAGUGCCAAAGUAGCAGCCAACUACAAAAAGUGCCGGCAAUCUAUAGAUCAAGAAGCUCACUGUAUGGAAGAACAUGAUCAUGCCCCAGAUGUCAACUUCACCAUUUCACACUUCCAGGGCAACAAGAACCAUGUCCUUAUGGAAACACCUGACUUUGAUUGA